AUGACUUUGGGCGAAGAGGGCGAAGAUGGCGAAGAGGUUGCUAUCAAGUUUGAGUCUAUUAAUCACGAAAACCCUCGACUCGAAUAUGAGGCCAGGGUCUACGAAACCCUCACCGGUAGUCUCGGUAUCCCAUUUGUCCACCACUUCGGGACCUUCGAAAGCUACAGGUAUAUGGUUAUGGAUCUCCUGGGACCUAGCUUAGAAGACUUAUUCAAUUUUUGCGACCGCAAGUUCACCUUGAAGACCAUCCUCCUCCUUACCGAUCAACUCAUUCGCCGUAUAGAAGAGGCUCAUAGCCAGCCCUGCUUCCUCCGCCAUAUUACGCCUAAUAGCUUGGCCAUAGGCCAUAUAAAGCGUUUCAAUCAGAUUUACCUCCUCAAACUUGGUUACGCACACGUGCCUGGGACGGAUGGCCCGUCAAUCGAUGGACCUUUAGAAGUCGCGCUGACUCUUCAGAACCAUCCUAUCGUCAUGACUUAG